AUGGAAGAAUUUGAGCAAAAGUACUUCCCACCUGAAGCAAGAGAUCGCUUAGCUCAAGAAUUUCUCCGACUUGAGCAAGGAGAAAAGAGUGUAAGGGAGUAUGAAGCAGAAUUUAUGAGACUUCAGCGUUAUGUCUCAUAUUGCAAUGUGGAUGAUAAGGCCUUGGUGAGGCAAUUCAUGCAAGGUCUGAAACCGGAGAUAGGAAGUCGACUUCAGUCAGCCACUUUCACCAACCCCCAUGAGAUAAUAGAGAGAGCAGUGAAUGUGGAGGCAUAUCUACUUAAGGAGAAGGCUGCUUGGAAUAAACGAAAGAUAGAAUCCAAGACAGCAAGCAAGGCAAAGAAGGCAAACCAGUCAUCCAACCAACCUAAUCCCAGUAAAGGUGGACAACCAUCUGGAGAUGAAAAUAAGAAAUGUUAUACAUGUGGAAAGAUGGGACAUGUCGCGCGGAUGUGUUACCGUAAUAGGCCGGCAGGAGCUUCGGCUAAAUGUUUCUCAUGUGGUGAGCAAGGGCAUUACUCAAAUGCCUGUCCUCGUAAGGCUGGUGGUGCAGCAAAAGGCGCUGACAAGGAAGCAUCGACCCGACCAAUGAAAGAAUCCCCGGCUAACCGGCUAACUAACACGGGUAAGGUGUAUGCUUUAGAAUCAGGACCAUCAAACCCGUCGGGACAAACCCAAGGUCCCAUUACAGGUAGUAACCUGACACAUGUUUUGUUUGAUUCGGGAGCGACACAUAGUUUUGUGACUCCUGAAGUAGCAUCUCGUUUUGGGGAUGCCUAUAAGAUAGGAUUGGUGGAGGUUAAUAUAUUAACCCCUGGAGACCAAGUCCUUAAGGCAUCCCGUGUAGUUUUCGGUGUGCCUGUUGAAUUGCAGGGAGACACCUUGAAGGCUGACCUACUAGUCCUACCACUAGCCCGCUUUGAAGUCUUUUGGAGCAUUCUGGAGCAUAUGGGACAUAAGGAGCAUGGAGGGACUUGGCACAUGGAAGCAGCUCAACUGGAUACGCAAAGGAAGAAGGGAGAAGCCAUCUUGAAGACCAGCUCGACCGUCUAA